ACAGCAGCAGACACCGGGAGCCUGCGCGACGUCAGAAGUUCACAGUCGGUUCCUGCUUUUUGUGGAUUCUGGAAAUUUCGGCGCCGUCGACAACAGCGACAGGUCGCCUCAUCGUGCGCAGUAAUCAUGGCAGAAGCCCACCAGGCGGUGGCCUUCCAGUUCACGGUCACCCCAGAGGGCAUUGAUCUGCAGCUGUCCCACCAGGCCCUCACUGAGAUCUACCUCUCUGGUGUACGUUCCUGGAAGAAACGUGUCAUCAGACUCAAGAACAGCGUGAUAACAGGAGUGUACCCUGCUAGUCCUUCGUCUUGGCUUUUUGUGGUCAUAGCGAUCCUGGCUACCAUGUACACUCGCUCCGACCCCUCCAUGGGACUCAUAGCCAAGAUACAGGAGCACCUGCCAGUCAGCCAGUCGAUGAGUACCCAGUGCCAGGCCGUGUUGUCAGCGGUGCUCUUCAGCACCAUGCUCUGGCUCUUGCUCAUCUUUACCAUGCGCCUGUGCCUCAAGCAGCUCCUCUCUUACCACCGCUGGAUGUUUGAGCAGCACGGCAAGAUGUCCACCACCACCAAAGUCUGGGUGGCGCUGGUGCGGAUCUUUUCUGGCAGGAAGCCUCUGCUCUACAGCUACCAGGGUUCGUUGCCAAACCUGCCUGUGCCCACCGUCAAGGACACAGUCAAGAGGUACUUAGAAUCAGUCCGCCCACUCAUGGAUGAUACAGAGUAUGAACGCAUGACCAAGCUGGCUGCAGAGUUCGAGAGCAGUCUCGGGAACCGCCUGCAGUGGUACCUCAAGCUCAAAGCUCUCUGGGCCGCAAACUACGUUAGCGACUGGUGGGAGGAGUAUGUUUAUCUACGAGGACGAAGCCCAAUCAUGGUCAACAGUAACUACUAUGGCAUGGACUUCUUAUACGUGACUCCAACACCCAUCCAGGCAGCCAGGGCAGGCAACAGCAUCCAUGCAUUCUUCCUGUACCGUCGCAAACUCAACAAAGAAGAGCUCAAGCCUAGUCGUAUACCCGGCACUUCCAUUCCUCUGUGUGCAGCUCAGUGUGAGAGGAUAUUCAACACCACACGCAUUCCUGGAGAGGAGACCGACACUGUGCAACACUGGCAGGACAGUGACUACGUAGUGGUGUACCACAGAGGUCGCUACUUUCGUCUCAAGGUGUACCAGGCCGGCAGACUUCUGUCUCCAAGGGAGAUUGAAUUCCAGAUUCAGAGGAUCCUCGAUGACUCCUCACCUCCUUCCAAAGGAGAGGCCAAACUCGGAGCCCUAACCGCUGGAGACAGAAUACCAUGGGCUAAAGCCAGGACGCAGUAUUUCAGCAGUGGGAUCAAUAAACGCUCUCUGGACUGCAUUGAGAGAGCCGCCUUUUUUGUGACCCUGGAUGAUGACGAACAGGGCAUGAUGGGAGAUGAGCCAGCAACUAGUUUAGAUCGCUAUGCCAAGUCCUUGUUGCAUGGCAAAUGUUACGACAGGUGGUUUGAUAAGUCCUUCACAGUUGUUUACUACAAGAAUGGAAAGAACGGUAUAAAUGCAGAGCACUCAUGGGCUGAUGCACCAGUGUUGGCACACUUAUGGGAGUACACGCUGGCCACCGACAGCUUCCAGCUCGGCUACAACGCUGAGGGUCACUGCAAAGGAGAUGUGGAUUCAUCACUGCCCCGACCACAGAAGCUGAAUUGGGAAAUCCCUCCAGAAUGUGAGGAGCAGAUCUCUCAGUCUCUGGCAGUGGCCCAGGCCCUCGCUGAUGACGUGGACUUCCAUGUUUUCUCCUUCCGAGACUUCGGCAAAGGGAAGGUCAAGAGGUGUCGAGUCAGUCCAGAUGCCUUCGUUCAGAUGGCUCUUCAGUUGGCUUACUACAGGGAACGGAGGACUUUCUGUUUGACAUACGAAGCCUCCAUGACCCGUCUGUUCAGGGAGGGCAGGACCGAGACUGUUCGCUCCUGCACCAAUGAGAGUAGUGCCUUUGUCCGAGCGCUGGAGGGUGGAGAGGCAGCAGAUGUGUGCAGACGUUUGUUCCGUGCAGCGUCAGAAAAGCACCAGCAGCUGUACCGCAUGGCUAUGACUGGAGGUGGCAUCGACAGACACCUCUUCUGCCUCUACGUGGUGUCCAAAUACCUCGGAGUGGAGUCUCCUUUCUUGAAAGAGGUGCUGUCUGAGCCGUGGAGGCUGUCGACAAGCCAGACUCCAGUCCAGCAGGUGGAGCUGUUUGACAUGGUCAACCACCCAGAGUACAUCUCCUGUGGAGGGGGCUUUGGACCAGUGGCUGAUGAUGGUUAUGGGGUGUCCUACUACAUUUUGGGAGAGAACAUGAUUAACUUUCACAUCUCGUGCAAACACUCAUGUCCAGACACUGACGCCCACAAGUUUGGUGAUCAGAUCAGAAAAGCCCUGCAUGACCUCAUACAUCUGCUGGGCCCCAACCAAAAAGAGCCCAGCAAAACAGAAGAGAGUCGACCCGAAGUCAAGAAAGACCAGUAGAUUCUUAAUCCAAGGACAAGGAUGCUGAAGGGAAGGUGUGCCAACAUAUAAGUUACAUUUUAAAGUGAGGUAGGCAGGUGUUUGUUCCUCAUGCCAAGCAGGGUAUUCAAAAGCGAGCUCCAUGGGAAAACUGAUCGCAAUGGAGGGUGAUAUUUUUACUGAUAUGCAUCUGUAUUCGUGUGUUUAUAUUAGCUGUGUGAUGGGUGUGUGGAAGGACGAAGAAGUGGGUUUAUGGGUUUAGUUUUAACAAUCAAAUCAUUUGAAAAAUAUAAUCCUUUAUAUAAAAAAGUCAUUGUUGUGAGAUUUUGAACUAUUGUUUGAAUUUGAUUAUUAGAAAAAACGCUCUGUAUGCAUUGCACCAGUCAGCGUUAGGGUAGAAAAUCCUAACGUCACCUUACUGCAGGGAAUAAUUUAAUACAAUUUCAAGUGCAGUAUGUUUUGAGACGAUUGAGGAAGCCACUCUUUGUGCCACUGUUGUUGGAUUUGUUUAGAAAUUGCAGUUGGAAGUGUCUUGAUUGUCAGAGCAUCAGCUAUAGUGAAAACAUGCAGGACUUUGGAGAGGAUUUCAUUUUCUACCAUCUGAAUGCAACAUUGCUGUAACAGUGACACCGGGUAUUUUAAAAUCUUGGAAGUCUGGGACUUCUCAGUGUUUACUCAAUAUGUAUAAAUCUGCUUUUUACAUACAUGAUUGUAAUGCUGUGCUGAGAGUCAGCUGUUUAUAUAUGCAGUGAAAUUACAUGACUCAAUUCCAUUCCUGUCUGACAGGUAUUAUAUUCAGUGCCAACUUACCCACUACGGUUUUUUUUUCAAACAUAUUCAAACUACAUACAAAUACUGUUGGUCAGUUUUCCUUUAAGUGGUCAGUAGGCAUUUCACAUUCAAUGAGUUAAAAACUGUAUUCUCACAAACUCCAGUUAUUUCACUGCCAUAAAACAGUUUAUUUUCUUUUUAUUCUUACCACUGUGUUAAACAAACACUACAACAAUGCAAGCUGUAUUUAUGAACAUGUGCGAUUAUACAGUCACAAGCAGCGCUGCAGGACAGAUGUGGUUUAGAUGUUCAGUGUGAUACAGUGACACGGAGUUCUUUCAUUCUCCACUGGUUACUGCCUUCUUUUGUUGUCACUCCAGAUCAGAUCAGCUUGUCUCAUUAUAUUGCUAUUGUGAGCCUUUUUAAUGCGAUAUUAAGAGGGAACAUAAAGACAUUCUUAAAGAAAA